AUGAGAGUACAACUACACAAUGAUGUACAAUCUGGACAAUAUGCUGCUGCUCUUCUUAAAAUUGGAGAAGAUCGUAGGGCAAAGGAUGGUAAUGGCAUGAUUACAUUGGAUCGUGAAUUCUGCAAUGUUGUGCAUAAUCCAGAUGAUGUAAAUAACUUCGUCUAUAGCGAACUGCUAACUAAUAUGAGGAAUAGAGAAUGGUUAUGUGAAAGAGCAAUUUUAGCGCCGACGAAUGAAAUGGUGGGACAGAUAAACGAGCAAAUUAUGUCACGCGUGGGAGGUGAUAUUGUUGAGUUUUUCUCUGUAGACACUGUAAUGGAUACUGAACAAGUAAAAUUAUACCCUGUAGAAUUUCUUAAUUCCUUAGAACUGUCGGGAGUACCUUCACACAAACUGAGGCUGAAAAUAGGCGUUCCUGUCCUUUUGAUGCGGAAUUUAGAUGCACCAAGACUGUGUAAUGGCACACGGUUGCAAGUAACACACCUCGGUCGCAAUCUUGUAAAAGCAAAUCAUUAUGACUGA